CAUUAGUAACUUGCUUAGAAAGCCUUCUAAGCUCAAACUUCAACUCCUUCGUCGACGUAUUUCGAUUAGCCGGAGCUUGAAGCUGAGCAACCAAACCAGUGAAGCUAAAACCCUAAUUACCAUGGAUUCUCCGACCAAUUCGCAGAAAACGGUUUCGGACGACGAUGAGAUUGAUUACUCGAUCAAACCAGAGCUCUAUGAUUCAGAUCUCGACGAUAAAGAUGAGCUGUGGAUGGCUAAGAAAAGAGAUGGCCGUACUUCUGAUGCUGUGCUUAGCUGUCCUGCUUGUUUCACCACCGUCUGCUUAGAGUGUCAAAGGCACGAGCAGUAUGUGACACAGUACAGGGCAGUCUUCGUGGUCAAUUGCAAAGUAGAUAAAGAUAAAGCUUUGCAACACAACACAGUUCCGUCAAAAGCUGGUAAACGAAGGAGAGAUUCGGAGGAGAAAGAAACUCAUUCUGAAGACAGCGAAAGAGUGAACUCGGUCGUUUGCUCAACUUGCUCGACAGAGAUUGGAGUCCUUGACAGUGAAGAGAUCUACCAUUUCUUCAAUGUCAUUCCAAGCGAGCCUUAGAAAAAAAAACGUUUUUCUACUUUUAUGAGUUUCUUGUAAACAAUCUAGGAAUUGGUUCAUAAAAUGAUACUAAUAAACCCAAAGUUUAAUCCAAUGUUACUGGAAUGGAUGA